AUGAAUCCAUGGGUUAAUCGCCCGAGUGAACACACGGUUAAGACAGAGAUCCCGCAAGAGGCGUGUAUGGUGAGAGAGUUUGCCAGGUUGGUUGGAGAGAUCAAGAACAAAGGUGCAAAGCCUGAUGGGUUUUGGCCAAACAUUAGCCGGAAGACACAGCUGGUGGUUGAUGCUAUCAAAGAGUCUGUUGAUAAAAACUAUCAACAGAUUAGUCUCUUUGGUCGUUGA